GCGACGGAGUGUUCUUCGGCCUGAUCCGGGACAGGAGCGAGGACAUUCGGCCCACCUUCCUGGAGCAGACUCCCUUUCGGUCUUUCAGGCUGGACCUCACACAGGUCGGCAGAGAGAGCCUGGCGUUCUCGCCCUCGAGCCUGCUCGGCCCGGGGGACGACGUGCUCCGCCUGGUCGACCCGCGGGCGUGGGGCGACCCUGUGAGGCACUACGCGGCGGUGGCCAAGUGCAUCCGCGUCGGAGGGGAGGAGCUGGAGUGGGAGGAGUCCACACGGCCCGUGGAGCGGGCAGCGUGA